AUUCAGCUCGAAAUCACUCAUUGUUCUCCUCAGUGCGAACCGGCAUGCGAGCCUCAGUGCAUGCUACAGUACCCAGCGACUUCAGUCAGUCAGGCGUGCAGACCAUCUAUCCAGCGAGGCCGAACGACCAAUCAACAGGACAUUGCGCUCCAGCUUGUCAGCCCAGCUGUGACUCCUCAUGCACUCAGAAUUACCAGUUUGAUAUCGUAGUCCCACAAAACGAUGACUGCAUGAUUCCUUGCAGUCAGAGUUGUCAGAGUAGCUGCGAGCAGCAGAACCAUGCGAAAUAUGAGUGCCAGAUGUUAGAGUAA